GACACAAGCAGCCAAGCUCUGGAGGAACAAGAAAAAAAUAGUCUAGAUGUAAAGUCCUUCGCCAAAAAGACCAACCAACGUUUUCCAAGAACAACCUUAGUUCAGCAAAACCCCCAUCAGUUUGCCCCCACUGACAUUGUGAUGCAUACCAUCACCCGUCGAGUGGUGUCGUCGCUAGUUCCCUUAUCCAGACGAGCACUACUGCAUAAGCGUCCUCGCCCACGUACGAUAAGACACUUCCACCUCUCCCGGAAUGCACUCAAUAAUUCGAAGACUUCCCCGAUUUCCGUUACAGAGUUGCGGACUGAGAAAAUACCAGCCAGCGCCCCAGUUUCCCAGGACCCAACAAGCGAUGACAUUCAAGCCACACUGGAGGGGGAGUCGAUCUACGCUACGGAGCCGGUGGCAGAAAGGGUUGUCGCGACGGAAACGGGAGGGGACGGGGGCAACGGAGAUUCUGACGGCCGACCUCGAGCACGAGGGAGACCAGCAGGUGUGAAGCGACGGCCGGUGGUAAAGCUAAGGGAUGAUGCAGUUUUACCGUUGAAGGUUCCGGAAUGGUUUGUGGAUCAGCGGGUGAGAUUGCUGGAGGAUGAGGCUGCUCUCGGUCCUAAAGCUGUCAUUACUUCCAGCUCAUCGGAUUAUGUUCCUUCGACGUUACCAGGAGCGUCGCUGGAUUAUCCACCACCAGAUACUACUCCCGAAGGUCUAAACAAACAGAUAUUGACACGCUAUUUGCUGGAAGAGAAUGUAUGGAGGGAGGUUGUGGCGACUUUACGGGCCGGGUUGGCGUCGCCGAAGCGUUUGUCUUCUCAUAGCCUAGCUGCGCUGAAAUCACAUUGCAUACUUCACAGUCCUAUUGGCGGUAGUGUCUACCAAUUGGAUGCGAUAGUCAACAAAGUAGCCCAGGAUGUGGGGGCGGACGUGAUCAGGAUUGACCCACUAGAUCUUGAGGAAUUGCUUGGGGAGUCUGUGGGGGACUCGCGGUUGGGAACUUCUUCUCCUAUCUCAUCGUUUUCCAUCCGCUCUUUGGGGUACGACAUCUUUGCCCCAAAAGAGAAAACAUUCGUUCCUGCUCAGCGGGCACCAACGAACUGGACCCAAUUGACUCAGUUGUUAGGAUUCGGACAAGUUCCAGUGUUUGCCUCUCCUCUCUUCUCUAUUACGGCUCCGCCGGAUCCGGAAAAAGUUUCUGAACAAUCUAUUGAGAGGGCGAACGAGCAAAAGAUAUGGAGCAUUCUUGAAUCUGUGAUUUCUGCGAAUCGGAUCAAACGGACAAAAGGACAGCCCACUAGUGAUACCCAAUCCUCAGGGGUGCCACCAAAUCAGAAAACCAUCAUCCAUGUACGGGACUUUCGUGAGCUUGAGCGAAACAACUCCGGCCAGGCAAUACUCCGAAUAUUCUAUGAAGUUGUACUGAAACGACGAAACAACGGGGAAAACAUAGUAGUCAUCGGCACCUCUUCAGCAGAAGAGGGGGUUGAAAACUACCUCACAAAGUCCGGUGUAUUGACAGCACAACUGCAGUCUGGUAGCUCCUUCGAGAGAACUAUUAUCGUGCCCGCCCAUCCACUGAAUCCGAGGUAUCGCGACGAUAAGAUGACCCGUUGCCGAGAAGUUAACAUACGACAUCUAGGUGAUUUACUGCGCAGGAAGAGUGGGGAAAACGGGCAGUCGGUAACAAUAGAGCCUAUGCCUAUCGGCUCGGAAGCAGAGAAGGAGUUUGGCAUUACCGUUCCAAGUGCUGGCGCCAAUAUAUGGAAUUUUGAGCACGUUCACCGGCUCUGUACGUUAAUACUUGGUGAAUUGAAUGGGAGGACGUCAGCUACUCGACAUGAUAUUAAACAGGCUAUCGAGAUUCUCGAUCGCAGUGAUUCUGCGAAGAUUCAAUGGGCUAUGACCGCUGAUCGGGCGGAACAGGAGUUGGCGGAGAUGAUGAAUGAGAUUGAGCAGGAUGAAGCGGAGAAGGCUGCAGCACUAGAAGGAAAGCCGUUGAGGAAGAGGCCCAAGAUACCUAAGAAUUGCACUGCGCACGAAAAGAAGUUACUGGGGGGUGUCAUCGACCCGGCCGAGAUUCACACGGUAUUCUCGUCCGUCCGAGCUCCAGAAGAAACCAUUGAGGCAUUAAAGACGUUAACUUCGUUGUCCUUGAUAAGACCCGAGGCCUUCAAAUAUGGUGUACUGGCUACUGACCGGAUACCGGGUGUGCUGUUAUAUGGGCCACCCGGGACCGGAAAGACCUUACUAGCAAGGGCGGUAGCAAAGGAGAGUGGGGCCACAGUAUUAGAGGUCUCCGGCUCCGAAGUCUUCGACAUGUACGUCGGCGAGGGCGAGAAAAAUGUCAAAGCCAUCUUCUCCCUAGCAAAGAAACUCUCACCCUGUGUCGUAUUCAUCGACGAAGCCGAUGCAAUCUUCGGUAGCCGCCACAGUCACUCUACCCGCACCACCCACCGAGAAAUCAUAAACCAGUUUUUGAAAGAAUGGGCAGAUAUGCAAUCCAACGCCUUCAUCAUGGUUGCCACGAAUCGUCCAUUCGACCUCGACGAUGCAGUCCUCCGCCGUCUCCCGCGGAGAAUAUUAGUAGACUUGCCUACCGUCGAAGACCGCCAAGAGAUUCUCAAGAUACACCUCGCAGCCGAAAUCCUCGCGCCAUCGGUAUCACUCCAAUCACUUGCUGAGCAAACAACCCUCUUCUCCGGCUCAGAUCUGAAGAACCUCUGCGUCUCCGCCGCAUUAGCCUGUGUCCGUGAGGAGAACGCUGCGGCUACGAAAGCAAAAGCUGAAAAGCAGUCAUUUACCUUCCCUGAGAAGCGCACUUUGGAUGACAGGCAUUUCCAAACAGCGCUGCAAGAGAUCACGGCGAGUAUUAGUGACGACAUGUCCUCGCUCACAGCAAUCCGCAAGUUUGACGAGAAGUAUGGUGAAAAGUCUGGCAAGAGGAAGAGGAAGCCUCACUGGGGAUUCGGAACUGGAGAUCCGACGGAGUCGAAGGGGACUGGAAGGGUUAGAGUAGACUGA